GCGAUCGGUCCGACACACCAUCGAGUUGGUUGAAGGUGUUGUUCCUCCAAAGGGCUGCGUAUACCGAAUGGGAUCCGAUGAGUUGGAGGAACUCCGGCGACAGAUUGAUGAAAUGAUUGACAAGGGUUGGAUCAAGCCUAGUGGGUCUGAAUUUGGUGCCCCUAUUUUGUUUGUCCCGAAGAAAGGAGGCAAGCUCCACAUGUGUAUUGACUAUCGCGGUCUAAACCGCAUCACAAGAAAGAACGCCUGUCCAUUGCCUUGCGUAGAUGAAUUGCUUGGGUGCAAGGUCUUCUCCAAGAUCGACCUCAAGUCUGGCUAUCACCAGAUUGAAGUCCAUCUUGCGGACCAGCAUAAGACUGGGUUCAAAAUGCGCAAUGGGCUUUAUGAGUUUACCAUAAUGCCCUUCGGUCUCACGAACGCACCGACCACCUUUCAACGCCUCAUGGACAAGGUCCUCCACGAACAAAUUGGUCGGUUCGUGGUCGUAUACCGUGAUGAUAUCCUAAUCUUCAGCAAAUCCAUGGAGGAACACAUGAAGCACCUUGGAAAAGUGUUCAUCAUCCUCAAGAAGACGCAACUCCAUCUCAACUUAGAGAAAUCUGAGUGUGGGAGGGAUAGCGUUGUCUAUCUUGGGCAUCAGUUGUCUGCUGCAGGCCUAGAGCCUGAGGCAACCAAGGUUAAGGUCAUACGCAAUUGGCCUCAGCCCGCGAACAUCCGCGAACUGCGCUCUUUCCUUGGUCUCGCGUCGUACUACCGGAAGUUUGUGCCCCGCUUCUCUAUUGUUGCUCACCCGUUGUCCCGGUUAACAAGUAAGAAUGUUCCUUAUGCUUGGGAUACCGCAUGCGAGGACGCCUUUCAAGCUUUGAGAGAAGCUCUGGUAAGUUACCCUGUACUCCGCAUUGCAGAUUCCAAACAAACAUUCGUAGUUACUACGGAUGCAAGCCAGUAUGGAAUUGGCGCAGUGUUGCAGCAAGAUGACGGCGAUGGACUACGACCGCUCGAAUACUACAGCAAAUGCAUGCCCAACUUCCACCUACAUGCGCGAGCUUUAUGCUUUGCGUAUGGCUUUGGACCAUUGGAAGCACUAUCUUUUGGGACGCCACUUCAAAGUGUUCUCGGAUCAUGAGACUCUGAAGUGGAUCAAAGAGCAAACUACCCUGUCCCCUACCUUACUUCGCUAGUUCCAUGAAAUUGA